AUGACUACUCCUGUCGUUUGCUCCAACUCUUCUAUCUGUAUCUAUUCUACAGCUGCAUUAUUUAAUUGUCGUGAAUUAUUAUGUAAUAUUUCUCUUAAUGAAAUAUUAGAAUCAAAAUAUGGUUAUAAAUGUUAUAUACCACAACGUGAUGGAUUUGAAGGACACAAUCAAGUUAUUAGAUUAUUACUAGAAGAAGAAUAUAAAAAAUUAAAUCAUACCAAUAACAAUGCAGAGUUAACAGAAGAAGAAAUAACAACAUGUAUACAAUAUUUAAUAUAUAUAUUGGAUAUGGGACAUUUUAUACCAAAUGCUCACGUUGUUUUGGGACACAUCGAUGAGCCAAUGGAUGAAGGAGUUGUGGUGGAAUUAGCAUGGGGUCGAACAUUGGGUAAAGCAGUAAUAGGAUGGAGAACAGAUAUUCGACCUGUAUUUGGUGACAUGACUCAUUCAUUAAAAGGUACUCAUUGGUUUGUAUCAAAUCAAUGUGAUAAAUAUAUAUAUCAUGCGUUUCACGAUAUAGUAAAUACAAAAGAAGCUACCUCUCAACUAUAUGCAGUUGCAGAAUCAAUACAUGAAGCCAUUACUGCAUGUGAAAUUGAAGGAAAAUUUGCUACCUCUCGCCUUGUUUCAUUACAACCAUCUUCAUCAAUUCAACAGCAGUGGUUAAAUCAUGGUAAAAUUAUAUUUGAUGGUAUUACAAAUUUUCAUGCAGAGAAUAACUUGAGAUUAAUUAUGCAACGAUUAUUAACAUUAAAACAACAAGGAUUAUUCUGUUUACCUGCUGUUAUCAAUAAACAUCACUAG